AUGUCUGGCGACAACAAUUCCUUCAUCGCCUCCGGCUCGGACCUAAUGCGCAGGGCAAUGCAAAACCGAAGGUUGAUUCCAGACGUAUCGCAUCUGAAGCCGAUCAUCGAUGAACUACCUGCCGGGUCAGUCGUCUGUGAGGUUGGCUGUGGCGCAGGAGGCAUCACGCUUGAUAUUGCACAAAAGUACCCACAUAUUACCGUUCUUGGGAUGGAUGUCGACGAGGAAUCUAUCAAGUUGGCAAAAGAAGCCAAAGAAAAGGCUGAAACGACCAAUAUUCGAUACGUUCACGGCGAUGCGUGCAACCUGGACAAGCUUAUCCAAGUCGAAGGGUUCGAGGCUUUGGAUGGUGGAUGCGAUCUUGUGUAUAGCCAUGCAAGCAUAAUGCACACAGGCGACCAACCCGCCGCCGUUGCGCAUAUGCGAAAAGCCACCAAGCCCAACGGCACCACCUCGCUGAAGGAAGGUGAUAUGGGUCUAUUCUUCGCAUAUCCGGAGAACCCAGGCAUGAAGAGGUGGCUCGAAACGUUCCCAACUCUCAGCCUAGGCAAGGGCGCAGAUCCGUACAUUGGCCGCAAGCUGGUAUCUCUUGUUCUAGGCGCGGGAUUCGCGCACAGCCAGCUCAAAGACGUGUCGAUGUCGGGUCAGAUGCAGUGGCGGCCACAGGUCAAGCCUGGUAUGGUGAUGGGAUUUGGGCAGAUUGUCCGGCAGUCGGAGCUUGGAGAAGACGACAAGAAGCUGAUCGUCGAAGGGCUGGAGGAGUGGAGUAAGUACGAGGAUGGGGUCGUGUGCUUCCCGAGUGUUAUUGUGACGGCUGUCAAGGAGGCAUAG